ACUCGGUGGAUGUCACCACCAUUGAAAACCUACUUUGGUUUGGUUUGUAAGUUGAAGUCAAAUCUCACAAGCUAAAAAUCUUAAUUCUUAAAAGCUAAUUUAAAAUAAUUAAAUUGUAUUAAAUUAAUUUAUUUAUUUGAGUUCUUAUGAUGAAUUCCUCUGUAAACAAAAGGGGAAAUCGUCCGAAUAUGAGCAACCCCGUUACUAUCAACAGCUCAAACCACUCAGUUUCAAAUAUAAAUUCAAGAAAUUAUCGAACUAAAAAUGGUUCGACUGAUAAAAGUGUUACCAAUGCCGAGGGUGUCUAUUCGAAUGCUCGACUCAUGCAUGCCACAACAUCCCUCAUGGGGACCUGUGUAAGGCUAGCCACUAAAGAUGGCAACGUUUAUGAGGGUGUAUUGACCUGUUUUUCUCCUGAUUUCGAGCUGGUCGUCGAUAUGGUCACUAUCAUUGACCCAGAAAAGGUCGUUGGAGGCCAAAAUCUCAACGGCCUCUUAGCUAGUCUAAAAGCCCGCAAUCAAGUCCAUAAUACUAUGAUAUUUAAAUUUUCUGACAUAGUUACUUUGAGCAUAUUAAAUGUGGAUUUGGAAUAUGCUUCUAAAGGUCACUUUACUGACACAGAGAUAAGUCGUUUUGACUCCUCUUCGUUAAAUAAAAACAAGGAUCUGGUUCCUUGGGAAUGUCCUCAGGACGAAAAUUUGCAAGAGAUUGGAGGUCUCUCUCUAGAUGAACAAGUCGGUUCUGAAAAAGCGAAUCAAAAUGGUUGGGAUGCCGAUGAUAUGUUCAAACUUAAUAAAGAUAAAUAUAAUGUUAAAUCAACCUAUGAUAGUAACCUUUCACAAUACACUGUGCCUUUAAAUCCACAAGAUACUGAAGAGUAUCGACAGCUCGUUGCCGAAGCUGAAAGAAUAGCACAAGAGGUUGAGGCCGAUGGAGCCUCUCGAGAUCGUGUUUCCAAAGAAGUAAAUGAUGAUGAGGAAGAAAAAUACAGUGCAGUUAUCAGGAAUAUCCCUGAACCACCUGCAAUGUCUCAUAAUUCAAGACAGCCUGCGCGUCGUAAACCCUCUGGAUCAAUGACUGGUCAAAAUAUUGGUACACGGAGCAAAAACAUGCAAACCACCAGCCCAUCCACAGCUCCUAUUGCUGUGCAUUCAAAAUACCAGCCCCAUUCUUAUUCUGACAAAAACGAGUCUCGUAAUCUGCAUGAAUCUUCUCGCCGUCACCAACAGCAACAGCAGCAGCAUCAGCAUCAGCAACAGCUUCAGCAGCAACAACAACAACAACAAAAACAGCAACAGCAGCAACAACAGCAGCAGCAGCAACAGCAGCAGCAACAACAGCAACAACAACAACAGCAACAGGCGCAACAACAAGAAAAGUCGCAGCAACAGCCGCAACCGCAAGAAAAACCACAGCAACCGCCACAUCAACCACAGCAACCACAGCAACCCCAGCAACCGCAAGAAAAGUCGCAGCCGCACGAAAAAGGACAACCGCAACUUCCGCAAAAUCAACAACAAACUAAUCAAGCUACCCACGGGCAAAUGCAAUCAGGACAGGAGUAUAACACUCCUCACCAAGGUUUACCUCAACGGACUCAAAUAGGGCAAAGAACUAAUCUUUUGCGCAAAAAAGAAGAUAUCCAAGAGCUUAAACGAUUUGGUAACGAAUUUAGAAUUUAUGAAAAUAAAAAACAAUCUCCUCGUGAGAAUAAGGAGCCUGUUCAAAGUUCAAAGAGUGAGAAUACACAAGACGCAAAAGAAAGUAGAGAAAAUACAUCUACUCCAACAAAUAAACCCGCUGCUUCGGCUUCUACACCGGCAGCAACACCCACUCAGCCCGUAACUGAGUCUGCCACCCCAGAAGUGGAAAAUGAGGCUGAAAAACUUGUUAAAAAAUCUACGCUUAAUCCUAAUGCUAAAGAAUUCAAUCCAGGAAUGAAGUCAUUUACACCACGAUCUGCAUACAGUAGUGGUCAGUCAACACCAAAUACUACACCUUCUGGGGCUAUGGGACCAAUGGCGAACUAUCCCAAUAAUGCUAUUGUCCAUACCCUUAGCCACCCACAUAAUCAUAGUCAGCCUGCUCAUCACCAGUCAAACCCGCAUCAAGCUAGAAUGCAGAGCCCGAUGGUAGCUUUCCCACCCAAUACCCACUUUAUUUCAACCCUUCCAGUUCUCCCCAAUCAAUUUAUUAUGUCUGCUCCAAAUAUGACGGGUGGUCCUCCUUUCCAACAAGCCGUUCCAAGCAAUUCCCCUAGUUCUAGGAAUUAUAGGAAAUCUAAUCCACAACAAUAUCAAAAUCCAAAUAAUCGGCCUGAUUAUUCACAGACUUCUGCUACAGUUGCUGCUGCGACUGGUCAUCCUGUACUUGCCGCUUCACCAAUGCAAGGUCCUUAUCCAGGUGCUCAACAGCAACCUGGAGCUGUUGCUUCAGCUGGUACUCCUCAACAAAUGUAUCAGUCAGUAUAUAUGUCUCACCCUAGGAUGAAUAUAAUAUCCCCUCAAUCAGGCGUUGUAAUGCCCCAUGUAUCACACUACGAUCAUAAUCUACAACCAAUUUACAUGACGCCAGUACCUAUUCAACCCCACAUGUUAACCCAGGUACCCCCUCAACCUCCUCCUCCAGUUUCUGGAGCUGGUCAGAUGUCUUCUGGUUCAACAAGAUGUGAACAAAUUUUACCAGACAUUAGCAAUUUUGGAUUAGGACAUGAAAUUACCGUUUUUUUUAAGCAAAACAAAACAACUUAAAAUAGUAACAAGAUUUUUUUCGUAUCGCAUUCAUGGUCAUGAAAUUGACAUAGAAUGUUCACUCCUUUAGAUUAUAAAACAUUGAAAAUCUUUCGAUUAAUGUUUUGCUUGAUAAAUAAAUAACAUCUUUGUUUCCUUAA